AUGGACACUCCGACGCGCGGCGGUGUGGUCCUACUGCUUGGUGCGCCGGGUGUGGGCAAGUCAACCCUCGGCCGCUACCUGCAACGCCGCCAUCCCACAACAACCCGCUUCCUGUCCGUGGGGGAUGAGCUCCGUGCCAAGGGCCUUGUGGGCGCCCGGCAGAGGCCCGGAGCGGAGGUACAGCGGGAGGUACGGCGGCUGGCGAGGGAGCUGCUGCAGCGGGAAAUCGCCGAGUGGGCUGCGGCCAGCAGCGCCAGGCCUGGUCCCUCCACUGCUCUUCAUCGCGCGGCGGCUCCGAUAUUGGUCCUGGAGGCCGUUAAAGAGGUGGAGGACGCGUUCACUGUGUUGAAGCUACUGCGGGAGGCUGACGUGCCGCUGUUACAGGCGCUGUACCUGCCCGGGUGCAUAGUAGGCAACACCAUCCUGCGUAGCUUCAUGCCCCGCUCCGCCAGGAAAAAGCAGGGUUCAGCCCAGCGAGACAAGGAGCGGUGUGUGGCGGAGCGGCAGGGCAAGUGGGUCGCCAACGCGGGCCGCGUCAUCGAGUUCUUCUCCGCCCUGGGUGUCCUCACGGAGGUAUCCAGCGCUGGGUGCGGCAAAGCCGGGCUAGCAGAGCUGGGCUACAGGGCUGGACCCACAUAUGCUAUCGGCGCCAACAGUCCAGGCCACUCGGUAAGGCAACGAGGCACGGAUUUCCUCCGAGCCAGUCUUACAGCAGCCUGUACCGCUACAGAGCCCCCCGAGUGGCUGCGGGUCACAGGUUGGCAGCUACCGUGGGAUCUGGAAGUCAACCCCCUGGAGUGCGUCACCUCGCGGCGACUGGUCACCAGUGCAGAGGAGCGGAACUGGGUGCUAGCAGAGGCGAGGUCCGUGUCUGGAGGACUGCGUGUUUUUGACAGCGACUUUCGCGAUGGUGAUAAGGUCUUCAGUGCACCGUCGUUGUCGGUGCCGACAGCCUCCGUGUCCACAGCCGAGGAUGUGCGGUGGGUCAGCUGGCCGGGUCGCUAUUCAGUGUCCCGCAAAUGUGAUGGCACGAGGCACCUGCUGCUGGCGGUGAAGCCGCCGCAGCCGCAGCCGCCAUUACCGAGGCCGGAACAGCAGCUGAAAACGGCGGUAUUGAAGGAGGAGCCUGGGGCCGCGGCAGUCCAUUGUAGUUGUGGUGACGGCAGUGUCGGCGGUCCGGCCGGCGAUGAUGGUGUCGGCGCAGCCAGCACACGUUCCCCAUCGUUGCAGUCGCCUGGCCCAGCUUUACUGCCCGGAUCAGUGCUGGAUGGUGAGCUUGUGUGGCUGGGCGGUCGCGGCUUCUUCCUGGCCUUUGAUGCGCUAUGUGUGGGCGGUGAGCCGCUGUGGCAGCUGCCGCUGAGGGAGCGGCUGGCAGCCCUGGAGCAGCGGUUGGGGCUGACGGAGGCCGAGGAGUCGUUGGCGUUACAGCAGGCAGCUGCAGCUGCAGCCAGUACUGCAGCUGCUGCUACCGCUUUAAAUGCUGCAGCCAUCGCAACUGCUACAGCUAAAUCGCGAUCCUACUUAGCCAGCGCGGCCGCCAUCGACAGCGGAAACCCACCGCGACUCCUGCUCAAGAAGCAGCAAGCCGCGCCGCUAGGCUCUGACACGCUAACCAUCCUUCGUAAGCGCCACGUACCGGUGUCGUACGAAGCCUUGCGGGAUCUGGGCCGCGGUAGCACCUGUCCAUACCCGACCGACGGUCUGGUUUUCACACCAUACAGCAUGCCGUACGUGCUCGGCAUGGCCGAGCUGCUGUACAAGUGGCAGCCCCAGGGCAGUGUUGCCGUCGACAUAAUCGGCAGUGACCUAUCUAUGGAAAACCUGGCAUGGCGCGGCUGCAAGGAGUUGGUUUACGAGUGCUUAUGGCAGCAAAGACCUGAGCGCGAUCGCGUCAGCCGGUUAAUCAUGCCAGUGUCUGUCCGCUGGGACAAGGUGUACGGCAACUCCCAGCGGGCAAUCGAGGCUCUAAAGGCGGGCUCGGGGGACCUAUCCCUGGCCUCGCUUCUUACGCACCUUCACGAGGAACGGGGGCUGUACGACAGGGUGAUGGCGGCUGUGACAUCGGGGUGUGUAGAGCGCACUGUGGAGCCAGAAAGCGGCCUGGAGAUCUUUAACUACCGGUCGGGUGCGGUCCUGGGCUCCGUGGAGGCCAUGUGCCGAGGACUUGUGCUGCACCCCCCCUCGAACACAGUGGUGGCUGCUCCCUUCGUCAAAUUUUCUGAAGUGCCGCCCCUGCACUUGCGCGGGGUUGCGGUGCAUAGCCAGGCCGGGGUAACGGAGGCUCAUCCCAGGCCCCGGCCGGAUUACUGGCGGCGGGCCUAUAGAGAGCGGUUGCGGUUGCCUGCACGGACGUUACUGCCGUACGGGUAUAACCUGGCAGGGCUGGAUGGCUGGGGCCAGGAGCCCAUGGUCGCGCAGGUCAAGGUGGAUGGGUCGCUGGUUCUGGCAUUUAAGUGGGCCGGCCAGCUGCGUACGGCAACUCGGCGUCGAAUGGAUUCGGAGCAGGCUCUCUGGGCGGCGGAGUGGCUGCAAACCCAUGCUGACCCCGCUGCCUUCAAGCCAGGCUGGACGUACAUGCUAGAGGCGGUGUACGGCAACAACACGGUCAUAGUGCCGUCGGGUGCGGUCCUGGGCUCCGUGGAGGCCAUGUGCCGAGGACUUGUGCUGCACCCCCCCUCGAACACAGUGGUGGCUGCUCCCUUCGUCAAAUUUUCUGAAGUGCCGCCCCUGCACUUGCGCGGGGUUGCGGUGCAUAGCCAGGCCGGGGUAACGGAGGCUCAUCCCAGGCCCCGGCCGGAUUACUGGCGGCGGGCCUAUAGAGAGCGGUUGCGGUUGCCUGCACGGACGUUACUGCCGUACGGGUAUAACCUGGCAGGGCUGGAUGGCUGGGGCCAGGAGCCCAUGGUCGCGCAGGUCAAGGUGGAUGGGUCGCUGGUUCUGGCAUUUAAGUGGGCCGGCCAGCUGCGUACGGCAACUCGGCGUCGAAUGGAUUCGGAGCAAGCUCUCUGGGCGGCGGAGUGGCUGCAAACCCAUGCUGACCCCGCUGCCUUCAAGCCAGGCUGGACGUACAUGCUAGAGGCGGUGUACGGCAACAACACGGUCAUAGUGCCGUACACCUUUGAUGGCCUGGUGUUGCUGGGAGCCACUGACCCGCGGGGGGCUGAGGUCCCCCUGGCAGAGCUGCCCCGACUGGCGGCAGAGCUACGGGUCACGACAGCAGUGCCGUACAUCACCGGUCCGCUUUCCCAGCUGCUCAAAAAUCUACCCGGUUCGAGGCCUGGCGACCAGGGCACGGCCACGUACAACAGUGGUGACACGCCGCCACCGGCACCGGCCUUCGAGGGCUGGAUCAUCGCCACGGCGGACGGGGGAACUCCACGGCAGAAGCUCGUCCAGCUGUCGUACAAGCGGGCCUGCCUAGCUGGGAAGCUGCUUCAUCCGCUUUCUGUGUGGGACCUUAUUCGCAACGAAGGGGCCAGCCGUAAGUCCCUCUUCCUGGGCCUGCCAGUACAUUUUCAGAGGGAGCUGGCAGCGAUACUGGAGGCGCUGGAGGCCGGCUACCAGCGCGCAAGAAAUCAGCUGCUGCUGCUGCUGGAACGACACCGGGGGCCGCAGCAGGGACAACCACAGCGGCAGGAGCCGCCGCCGCCGCCGCACCGAGCCCAAGGCGCAAGCAGGUCUCAGGGAACAAAGUUCUCAGGAAAUGGCGGCAGGCCACGCGGCAUGGAAUCCGCAUCAGCAACUGGCACGGCUGCAGGGACGCGGGCGCUGCCGGCUGCAGUGGUCCUACCCACGGAGCAGUUCGCGGCACUCCAGUUGGAGCAGGACGAGGCGGGGUUACCUGCGGCGGUGGCCAAUGAAGGGGAUGAGCUUGAGGCGCUGAUGAGGGCAGUGCGCCAGGAGCAGGCGGCGGCGCGUUCAGGGAGCGUGACCAGCAACUGCGGUCUCCCAGGCAGCGGCGGUGGAAACGGUGAUGGCUGCACCCACGAUGUUGAACAGUUUCACAGCAGGCCCGCAUUCCGGCGCGCCCUGAAGUACGCUGUUGCCCAUGGUCAUACACCAUGGCCGCUCGACAAUGAAGGUGACCUACUGGCGCUCAGCAUGUAUUAUGAACACGCCGCCAGGACUGCCCCGCUGCUCCGCGCCCUCCUGCUAGAUUGUGUGCGGCCGGCUGAGGACGGCUCGCUGCCAGGCUACACGCCCUCCCCCGCCUUCACGCAGACCUGGGCCAAGGGCUGGACUCAGGGCCCCUCCGAGGGCCGCCUGGCGCCCGCACCGCCGGCCCUGCUGCACGCCAUGCUGCAGGAUGAUGUUCUGGAGCGGUGCCUGGCACCACUGUCCGGUCGGGAUCUGGUGGCCGCCUUGCUGGUGUGCGGCAGGUGGCGCCGAGUGCUGGAGGGGGCGACGCAACCGGAGCCGCUGGCCGCCAGGCUGGAGGCGGGAAGGAACGAACACACGCACCGAAAAAGCAUUUGGCGUAGGGCUAUCCCAUAUGACUAUGAUGACGCUGGAUAUUCUUCGUACGGCUUGUAUUAA